AUGCUAGCCAAGCUAGCUAGUUCAACAAAAGGGAAGGGCCUCAUCUUUUUGUUGCACGGGCCACCAGGUUCUACAGAAAGCAUUUCAGAAUACACACAGCGACCGUUGUACAAUAUUAGAUGUUGUGAUCUGGGUAGUCCACCGCCUGCUGUAGAAAAGACUUUGAGAUCCUCCCUCCAUGAGGCAGACGUAUUUAUAGAAGAGAGAUCUACAAAUGAACUCGCCCGAAAUGAACUGGUGUCAGUGCUCUUGCAGGCAUUAGAGUACCUCGAAGAGAUUAUGUUCCUUACAACAAACCGUAUCGAGUCACUAGACCCCGCUUUCAAAUCCCGAAUUCAUCUCUCAAUCGCUUAUCCGCCCUUCUCAACUGGGUCCAGACUUCAGCUCUGGAAGACAUUUAUCUCGCAUAGAUCUCCUAAAGGGGCCCGAUACAAAUGGCUCGAUGAGAAAUUUCUCAAAAGAAUUUCGAGGGAGGAAGUAAACAGACGACAAAUCAAGAAUGUUGUUAGCAGGGCGUACACUCGAGCGAAUAAUGGAAAGCGAUCACUGGCCGCAAAUGAUAUAAUUUUGGGUUGA